AUGCGGUAUAGUAGCAGCAAACGAGCAAAGGAGCGGUCGAGGCUCGCGGUCGAUGCGGCGGAGAGCCUCGUGCAGCGCUACCGUCGCCAGUCCAGCCGCCGGCACUGCGGCCGAUUCCUUGUCGAGCUGCAGCUGCAGAGCGACGAGCUGCUCGAGCUGCUCGUGGCUCCUCCGCCGCCGUCUCCGACCGAGCUUUUGAACCUGAGCCAGUGCGGAGUCGGGCGGCUGGAGUGCUACCUGUUAGCCAUUGCGCUCUCGCGCGGCCUCAUGACUGGCGUCCAGGUGCUCUGGCUGCAAGAUAAUCAGGCCGCGCACGCCGCAUCAAGAUCCGCCCUGCCUCGUGAGGCGGCCGUGACACAGGAGUAG